AAGACGGAAAAAUAUAUGUUUGCAGUUAAUAAAAUGACAUUUUAAAUAUUUGCAGUAUGCAUCAGUGAAAUCCUUCAGCUUCACUUCGUUUGCACCUUCACACUCGGUUCGUGUUAAACUAAUAAUUGCCACUAACACUUCAGUUUACUUUUUCUGAACUUUGCACAGCUGCAGGCGCUGAGUUUACGCGUCCAACAAUCCCGCCUGUUGCCCGUGAGUAUAAGUACACUAAAGGAGGGGGAGAGAGGGGGGAGGUGGUGGUAGGAGGGGUGGGUGGGGUGACACCCUUUGCUACAAACCUGCCCACAGUAUCAGAGCUCAGACGGCCUCUGAAAGGCCGGGAAGGAUGCUGUGGAGCUUCAGAGUGUGUGCAGGCUGCGGACAGAGAUCUCUCUCACACACAUACACAAACACACACAAACACUCGAUAGGCUGCAGAGUUUGUGAAUUACUGUUUGCACCAGGCUGCUUUCCUACAUGCUAUAAUUACAGGAUUUUUUUAUGAUAAUAACCUGAAAUUAAUCUGGUUAAAAUGUCAUGUUUCGGAAAGUGGAGCAGCUUUAAACUUUGAGGAUAAAUCGAAGAGGCUUCUAUUUCUUCCAUGAGCCAAGGACAUAAGCAGGAUCCACACGAUGGUUUUCACACUGGAGGGGAAAAAUGCAGGGACCCUUCAGGCCCUGCUACUGGUUUGUGUGACCCUCUUUUUCUCUCUCCACCUGUUGCGGUGGCUACGGCAGCGCCCGAGCCGCCUCCCGCCCGGUCCCUUCGCCUGGCCAGUCAUCGGGAACGCUGCGCAACUUGGCAAAGCACCGUACUUGUAUUUUGCGCGAAUGGCACAGAAAUACGGGAACGUCUUUCGGAUUAAACUCGGAUGCCGGACCGUGGUGGUGCUGAACGGGGACUCUAUCAAGCAUGCUCUAAUCAAGAAUGGACCCAACUUCUCUGGGAGACCGGAUUUCACUUCUUUUCAGUGCGUCUCCAACGGGUACAGCCUCGCGUUUGGCACCAGCACGGACUUGUGGAAGAUGCACCGCAAAGUGGCGCAGUCCACAAUCCGCAUGUUCUCCACCGGGAACCCGCACACCAAGAGGACUUUCGAGCGUCACAUUCUCGGGGAGGUCAGGGAGCUCCUGCAGUUGUUUGUGGGGAAGACGCAGGAGGAGCGCUUCUUCCAGCCCAUGGCAUACCUUGUGGUGUCCACAGCCAACAUCAUGAGCGCGGUGUGCUUCGGGAAGAGGUACUCGUAUGAGGACGAGGAGUUUCGGCAGGUGGUGGGCAGGAACUACCAGUUCACCGAGACUGUAGGUGCAGGGAGUAUAGUGGACGUGAUGCCCUGGCUGCAGUAUUUCCCAAACCCCAUCAAGACCAUGUUUGACAACUUCAAGAAGCUCAACCUGGAGUUCUACACUUUCAUCCGGGAUAAAGUGGUGGAACACAGAAAAACCAUCGAGUCCAGCAGCAUCCGGGACAUGGCGGACGCUUUUAUUGUGGCGCUGGACCAACGGAGAGAUAAAAGUGGACUCUCAUCAGGGAAGGACUACGUGUCCUCCACUAUGGGGGACAUAUUCGGAGCGAGUCAAGACACCCUGUCAACGGCGCUGCAGUGGAUCAUCCUCAUAAUGGUCAAGUAUCCUGAGGUGCAGGAGCGUCUCCAGCAGGAGGUGGACAGGGUGGUGGACCGCAGCCGGCUGCCUUCGGUGGAGGACCAGGUGAAGCUGCCUUACGUCAUGGCAUUCAUCUACGAGGUGAUGCGCUUCAGCAGUUUCAUUCCGCUCACCAUCCCACACUCCACCACCACCGACACCUCCUUCAUGGGCUACAUAAUACCCAAGAACACGGUGGUCUUCGUCAACCAGUGGUCCAUCAACCAUGACCCGGCCAUCUGGUCCCAACCAGAGACCUUUAACCCACAGCGCUUCCUGGAUUUGAGCGGAGCACUGAACAAGGACCUGACCAGCAGCGUGCUCAUCUUCUCGCUGGGGAAGAGGCGCUGCAUCGGCGAGGAUCUGUCCAAAAUGCAGCUGUUCCUCUUCACGACCCUGAUCGCCCACCAGUGCCACAUCACCGGGGACCCAGCCAGGCCACCCACAAUUGACUUUGAGUACGGCCUGACACUGAAACCUUGCGCCUUCUCCAUCGCAGUGUCUCUGCGGGAAGACAUGAAGCUGCUGGACGCAGCUGCCAGACAGGCCAAGGAGGUCUCAUGAACGGGACAAGCUGAUCAAAUGAAAACUCUAAGAAAGAGAAUAAAUGAAGGCUGAAACACAGACAGACAUGUAGCUCAUGUAUGUGGGCUGAAAACUUUAUUUAUAAACUGAAAUCUCAGGCUCUUUUGUCAACACUCAUUACGGACUCCUUCUUAAGUAUUACAGCACCAGCAGGGAACAGAUGUGGUAUCAGGUUACUUUAAUGUCUUUAUUUUGAAUCAGACAGGAAGUGAAGAAAGCUAAAUAUUACGCACUACAAUCAAAUAAUUCUGUUUGAUUGCACAAAAAAGACACAAAAGUAACCUGAUAAUGUGGCAUCUGUUUCACACAACCAGCGGUUCACCUGGAUCAUUCUGACACUGCAGCUGUUGCAUACCACUGGAUAUCACCCUGCGACCUCUGUACACAGAACACUUUGAUGACAGCUGCUGUAACAAUCGAGAUAAUGUGACACCAGAGAGUCAUCACGCGUCCAAAGAAAAUCAUUUUGUUAAUUUGUUAAAAACCCGUUCUAAUAUCAAACCUGUUAAAAUACAUCGUUUUCAUAUUUUUAGAUGAAAAGUGGAGUCACAAUGUUUGCAGUGAUUCUGCACAAACCGCCAAUAAGCUAAGAGAGUGCAUCAUCCCCUGGUGUUCAGUACUAAUGUGUAGUUAGAUAUAUUUAGUGUAACAUCAUAGUCACUCAUUUAUUAAGAAUGCUUUUAAAAGUCUCCUGAUAUAAUCUGAAAGCUACUGUAGACGCUGUCUGUGAGGAGCGUGCACCGAGCAGACGUGCUGCCUGUCUGUAACCUACUGUCCACAUGUUAGAUCAGUGUUACUCACUCCUUUAUUCCUCUCUUUGAAUGCUGCUCAUUUUAACUUCCAUGCCAGUAACCCAGUGAUUUCUACUCCAUGUUUGUAUUGAGAAAUAUUCACAAUGUUAUUUUUGUAAGCGCGUGCGUGUGUGUGUGUGUGAGUGUGUGUGUAGACUUGUCUGAUUGCUGUCUCAGCAUGGGAGACUGAUGCACUGACUGUGAAGUUUGGGAUUUGGAGAGUUUUUUGGCAUCCUGCUAAAAGCACAUUGGAAAAACACAAUUCAGGUUAAUCUGUGAAAUAAGAGGUGAAUUUAGCUCAAAUUGAUUCUGCCAAGUAGGACACAUUCCUGGAUCGACAGCCAACUCUGCAAUCAACAAAAUGCUCCUGUGAUUCUUUCAAAAUUCCUUCAAUUGUGCUCGGCUAAAAGUUCUGAUCAGAUAUCAGUGCAGGUGAACAAAGGUAAACAAACAAAACUCUUCCCUGAUUUAAACACAAAGGUAAAAUAAAUCCUAUAAAAAACAUCUCAAUCCAAAUUCAGGUUUUACGAUAAUUUGCAUAUUUUUCCAUAGUCAUUUAUUAUGUAUUCUGCAUCUUUAAUGGUGGCUAGGUGGGUUGUAAUGUUUAAUUUAAAGGUAACAUAUUGUGCAAAAUACACUUCACCAUGUUUCUCUAACACUAAUAAGUGUCUCUAGUCUGUCUAAAAAACCCCCAAUGAUCAGAAAAGUCCAUCCUCUCCGUCUUUUGCCUGCUCCACUUUUCUAAAAAUGUGUGCUCUAACAGGCCGUUUAGAGAUUUUCCCUUUGUGACAUCACAAAGGGCAGUAACUCCUCCCCCAGGUGGGUGACACUCCCACAGCUAGGUGUUUGAUCUGCAGUGAGAGUAGUUACCAGUGUAGUUUUUCCAGGAAAUGACUUAUCAUGUAAACUAAUGAAGUGUGUGUCUAGUAAUUGAUUUGAUUUUCUUAAUUUGUACCAAAUUCAUUUUAGAAGCUUAGUGAAGCACAGCAGGAUCUAUAAGAGAGGGCUGUGAUUGGUUUAAUUGCAAUGCAGGAUUUUGAUGCAGAAGCACAUUCUGUUUGGAUGAACGACAUCCUGAGGUCACCUCAAGGAAGUGUGAGCUGGCAUGGUUUCAUCAAUAUUAGAAUAUUAGAGUAUGUCAUUGCAAUAAAUCCAUAGAUUGAACACAGUUAAACUAAAACCCUGACACACAGCAUUCUACAGAUAGUGUACAAUGAUGAAAACAUGACAGUCCUGCAUGGUCUUUUUAAAACUCAUCCACUGCAGGAGUCAUGUUCUCGUCAUCAGACAUCCAAGACAUGCUCUAAAAUACUGCAUAAUAUCACCUAUUAGAGACAAUAAUAGGGUGUAAAAUGCAGGAAAGCAACUGAUUUAAAAAAGCUGAAAGUGAUGAGUGAAUAACGACAAGCCGGAGGUCAAGAAGCUCCUCAAAGCCAAACAUUCACAGCGUCUUUACCUCAUAUGCUUCUGAUGUGGAACUGUAAAACCUUUAAACAUUCAUAACUCCUCCUUCAAGCUUUGGACUACACAAACUGUACCUGCAGGUGUGACGUUGCUCCUGUGAGUAUUUCUGCCUGAAUGACGAUGUACCGAAACAUAAUAAACGGACACUUUAAUGAAA